AUGGACGAGGAAUUGAAGGCCGUGAAAAAUUCGCUUACUGGUGUGGCUGACACUCUAGAACGAGUCGAAAGUUGUCGUUCUGGCCCAGGUAUGUCAAACUUCUUUGAAUGGUGUGAACAUUAAUGUUUUGUAGAUGAAUAUGGUUUGAUUAUAAAUACGAAGAUUAAUAAUUUAAUUGUGCCUUUAUAUUGUUUGGCGGUUUUGCUGGCACAUGGCGUGAUGGCAGCAAAUUGUUGUUUAUAUUGGUGUUGUCUAAAUUCGUUCAAUCGUUCAUUCAUUUCUGCCAGCCAGCAUUACAGCAAUAGACAGGUUCAGAUUUGACUUCCACUACCGCUGCCACUACCUCUCACUGACUUAGUACGCAACUGAUUGGUUAAUCGGAUAUAUCAUGCGUAUCUGAUUGGUUGAUGGUCUCUUAGUGGUAGAGGUAGCGGUAGUGGAAGUCAAAUCUGAACCUGUCUAUUAAGUAAACAAAACAAGUCACUCAUAUUGAACAAUAUUUUAUUUAUUGUUGUGCAUAUUGAAUUAUUUAAAUUAUGUUGAUUUUACUGUGUUGGUGUAAUGUACUCAGGUGAAUAAGAUGCUUGUGUGAUGUUACUCUGAGUGUAUAUCCACACCGGACAGGCUUGACGAAUAUGCCUGGCCACGGUGGGAAUCGAACCCACAACCUUUGGAAUACUAGCCCACUGCUCUGCCAACUUACUGAGCUACGCGGUCAGGUCCGUACGAGUACGUGAUAUUACCAAUUACACCAACACAGCAAAAUCAUGAUUACACCAACACAAAUCGGAAUACACCAACACAGCAAAAUCAUGAUUAUUAGAUUACAUUGAUAUCGAAGGAACUAGACUCAGUUCCGAAAUAUCACGUGGACUCGGCGAGAACGAUUUAUCAGUCAAUGAUCACACCGCUUUUGACAUACUGUGGAAUUUUGAAUCUUAAAUUAACGUCAACACAACUGCAUAAAUUAGCUUCUUUUCGGGAACGAGCCACUAAAGUUAUUUUUAAGGAUUUUCGACCUGAUACAGAGCUCCCAUCGAUUAUGGAUUUAAGGAAGAAGCGUGCCUGUGAAAUAGUUAGAAUGACUUUAGAUGGCAAUAUCCCGGAGGCCUUAAUGGAUCAUUUUGUAAUUAAAGAUCAUGGACGUGAAACACGAAACCGAGGUUGUUUGAUAAACUUACCAACCAUAAAACUUGAAUAUGCACGAAGAGGAUUCUAUUUCAUGGGAGCUAAAUUAUAUAAUGAGCUGCCAUUGAAUAUUAGAUCUGCAACAAGUUCUGAAGAUUUUUAUAAACUAUUAAAACUACAUUUCAGCUAA